UCCAAAGCUCUGUCUUCAGUCAGGGUGAAGGAAAAGGCAAGUACCAAAAGCAGAGCAAUCUGGUGCUGAGUCUACAGAAGGGCAUGGUGAUGGCCUACAAGAAGAAGCUGCUGGUUUUUAGGAAUGAUGGUUGGGAUAUUGUUGAUGACUUAGAUGACAAGGGGGAAAGCUUUCCAGAAGAAGAAAUAAAAUAUCAUCCUAUUUGUCCCAUCCCCACAAUAGGAGGCAUAGAGGAACCCUUCGGACAAAAUUUCGAGCGCAUGACAGAAGAGGUUUCCAUCAGAGUGAGGAAAGUGGCUUCGCUGUCAAGGAAGAUUCAGGGCAUCAUAUUUGUUAAUAUCCAAGCUAUGCUGCGGGACCGACAGGCUCUGCAGGACCUCAUGGACAUGCUUGGCCAGGAGAAGCCCCUAGGUCAUUUGAAUGGCCCUGGUGCCACCAUCCUGGAUGAGCUGGCAAGGAUCCCAGAAGAUCCACAUGUUGACGCAGGGGAACUCAUCCUUUACCUGCUUGAAGCCAUAAUGGUGCUGAGUGACACCCAACAUGCUCUGCUGGCCCAGUCCAUGGAGAAGAGGAUCCUGCUCCAUCAGCGGGAGCUGGUACGGAGCAUCCUGGAGCCCAACUUCAAUUACCCUGGGUGCAUUCCUUUCACCCUGGACCCGCAGCUCCUCGCCCCACUGCAGGAUGAGGGUGUGGCCAUCACCUAUGGGCUGCUGCAGGAGUGUGGGCUGAGGAUGGAGCUGAAUAACCCCAGGUCCAACUGGGAUCUGGGAGCCAAGGAGCCCCUGUCUUCCCUGUAUAUGUCCCUGUGUCUGCUGCAGCAGCUGAGUGAGGCCUGAGCUCUCCUGGGGUGCAAUGAGUCCAGGGAGGUCAACCCCACCCAUCUGUGCUGUGGUAUCCUUGUGGGCUCAGGGUGUUUUGGCCCCGCCUCUCUGCCUUUCAUGGUUGGACCAACAGGGACAUGAGGGAACAUUUUGGGGUGAUGGAAAAUCUGCCUUGCUCCCAAUUCAUUAUUGGUCAAAACUCACCAUAGUAUCCGGAGGAAUGGAGCAUUUCAUUGCAUGUAAAUUUUACUUUGAAACAGUGUAAACUGAUGUUGAGUUUUAGUGACUAUGAAUUGUGAAGUGGUUCCAGUGAAUUGUGUUGAUAACUAUAACUUACUUUGAAAUGCAUCAGAAAAUCAGGUGUAGGGGUCUCCCUGGUAGGCUAGGGGUUAAGUCUCAGCGCCAUCACCUCUGUGGCCUGAGUUCGAUACCCGGCCAGGGAGGUAACCUACAUGGCGUGGCAGACCUCUCCUGUCUCCCCUCAGGGGUGCAUUUCAGUAGAUCUGCCUGCUCUGCUCCCCACUCUGUCUCUGGUGAAUCCUCUCACCCCUUCACACCCCUGGUCUUCAUCCCAUUUUCCUUUGCACAAAUAAAUAUUUAAAAAAAAUCACGUCUAUUGAUUCAUGUAGAAGAGAUUUAUAUGACCAGGAAAUGUGGAACGUGUUGAAGAUAUGGGAAAUGGCUGUAAGAUAGACUAGAAUUCUCUUUUAUUCUUGAAAUAUUUUGUAAUCCAGAAAUUGUUUUGAAUAAAAACUGACCCCUUAAGUUGUGUUAAAAUGUAAAUAUACAUAUAAAGGAAUGAGAUGAGUGUAUGUUAUGAGUGUAUGUGCACACGGGUAUCGUGUAUAUAUGUUCACGUCUAUGAAUAUAUGUAAACACACAUAAAGAUACAGAUAGCCCAGA